GUAAGUGAUCUUUCAGUCCUGCUCUCUCUGUCGUUGCCCGUGCUGGCUCAGUCCUGCCAGCUCUCUGCCUCUCACCAGUCUUAGGUGGAGGAGGAAGCGCUGAGCAAAGGCAUUGAGAUUACUGGAGUUCCAGUCUCACGCUAUGCAGGAUCUGAUUGCACAGCCACUUAACCCUAUCACUGACACAGGAGCCCUGCAGGGCUGGAUAAACUCCACCAGGCAUGCAGGGGUUAACAUCUCUGAGUGCUUAUACAGAGAGGUCCAUCCAGCCAAUAAUAUACAAGGUAGAUUUCCGGAUGAUGUCAGCUCACAACUUCACACUCAAAAGGAGAAAGAGGAAAAUUUCAAUAAACACACAUGAGAGAGCUUGCAAGAGAGAGAGUAGUGCAUGGACUAUUACUCUACUAUGCAGUUGUGACUGUAGGUACUAGCAGGUAGUAGAGUCUGCUGGGAAGGCAAUCUGAAAAUAGGGAGGUACAAAGUGAAUCAAGUUUGUGCUUCUAGAGCUGGACUUCAUUGAGGAUUCUGGAUCUACAGAGAGAUGACACUACUCACUCUAUCACCCUAGACUGGAGUAGAUUAGUGAACUGGAAUUUCCCCAAAUCCUGCAAGAAUAUCACUUCCCUGGCAUCUUACCAACAGUCACCUGCACAGGUCUCCAAGAUUUAUCCUUCCUGAAGAUGUUUGAAGAGUUGUCCUCACAAUCUCUGGCCAGCCUCAUGCUCUCCUUGCUGUGUGCUUUGUCUGCUGUCUACAUCUGGAGGUGGCUCAACAUUUGGAUUAUUCCCAGGUAUUCUAGAGAGUCGCCAACGCCUCCUGGCCCUUUCCCAUGGCCACUCAUAGGCAAUGCUUUUCAGAUAGGCAGCCACCCACAUUUGUCUUUCGUGAGCUUUGCUGAGCAAUACGGCAAUGUGUUCCAGAUCAAGUUGGGCAGCCAGAAGGUGGUAGUCCUGAAUGGGGACAAGAUCAUUCGUGAGGCCUUACUACAAAAGGGAACAGACUUUGCUGGUCGCCCUCAAUUUCCUUCUUUCAGAGUUGUUUCAGGGGGUCGCAGCUUGGCUUUUGGUGCCUAUGAUGAAAGGUGGAAAGCCCACCGCAAAAUGGCACAUUCUACAGUCAGAGCUUUCUCCACUGGUAACCCCCAAACUAAGCGUAGCCUAGCACAGCAUGUACUUGGCGAGACCAAGGAACUCAUCAGCCUCUUCUCAGAACUUGGGAAAGGUGGGAAGUACUUUUAUCCUACAAGACAUCUUGUGGUAACUGUGGCCAAUGUGAUGAGUGCAGUCUGCUUUGGUCAGCGCUACAGUCAUGGAGACAUGGAAUUCCAGUCUUUGCUAAGCAAUAAUGACAAGUUCAGUAAGACUGUGGGGGCUGGCAGUCUGGUGGAUGUCAUGCCCUGGCUACAGUAUUUCCCAAAUCCUGUAAGAACGGUCUUCAGUACCUUCAGACAGGUCAACGAAGAGUUCUACAGCUUUGUCCACACCAAGUUCCUACAGCAUCGGAGUACAGUGACCUGGGGGGCGACCAGAGACAUGAUGGACGCCCUAAUCCACAUCUUAAUAGGGAAGGACACCAAAAGUGUGAUGACCCAAGACGAACCUGAAAGACUAAAGGAGGUGAAGAAUGGGCAACCAGGAAUCAACCUCCUAGAGACAGAUCACGUUCCAGCCACUGUCACUGAUAUAUUUGGAGCCAGUCAGGACACUUUGUCCACAGCUCUACAGUGGCUCAUCUUCUUUCUCAUCAGAUAUCCAGAUAUCCAAAGAAAAAUGCAAGAUGAAGUGGACAAGGUCAUUGGGCGAGAUCGCUUACCUUGCGUGGAAGACCAGCAAAAUUUGCCUUACGUCAUGGCAUUCCUUUAUGAACUAAUGCGUUUCAGUAGUUUUGUUCCUGUCACCAUUCCACAUGCAACCACGACAGACACGCAUUUAAUGGGCUACCACAUUCCUAAAGACACUGUAGUAUUUGUCAAUCAAUGGUCAGUCAAUCAUGACCCGCUGAAAUGGUCCUCUCCUGGAGAAUUUAAUCCUUCUAGGUUCUUGGAUGACAAAGGGUUUCUCAACAAGGACACGGUAAGCAGCGUAAUGAUUUUCUCAGUUGGUAAGAGGAGAUGCAUUGGCGAGGAGUUAUCAAAGAUGCAGUUGUUCCUUUUUGCCUCAACCUUGGUACAUCAGUGCAUCUUCACCGCUAAUCCAACAGAUAAUCUCAAUCAGAAAGGUGACUACGGCCUAAGCAUUAAACCCAAACCAUUUAUGGUUAGUAUGGCUCAUCGAGAUGGUAAUAUGGAUUUACUGGACAAUACUAUUCAAAGUAUUGCAUCUGAGGAAUAAAAUAGCCUAAACCAUGGCUAUUUCAUCUCUGGGAAUAAAACUGUGAAUAAUAGCCCAUUAUUCUUGCCUUUUAAAUAUACCGUACACGUGGUCGGCUUAAAACAAUAACUGACUUUUAUUAUUGUGAGCACAUUUCUUAUACUGCAUAUAUUACUGGAAUUCUGCACACAUUUUACGUUUUAAUUCCAAAUUUCAACUUCAUGCUGAUUUCAAACAGUGAUUAUUCUGUACAAUUCGGCACUACUGUAAUUAGCUAUGUAUGCGUUUAACUCUGCAAAAUUAUUUAAUCUGAAAAUCUCAAACCAUGAUAAAUAUCCCAAGCCUGCCUUUGUAUUGUAUACCGUCUUAGAAAAGUAAUUAACAAUAUGAUACAACAACCUUGUGAAUGGACAAACCCUUUGUAUAUGAUGCAUGGUGUAAAAGUCAAUAAGCUUUGGUAAUACUAGAAGUGUAAGAGGGAAAUGUAUUCCUAUAGACAGUUUAUAUUCUUAAGCAUGCAAUUAUAUAUGUGAAUAUGUAAGGCUGUUUGUUUCGAUCCCCAAUGGACCCAGAUUUUUUGCAGAAAGUUUCCUUUAGAUAUACUGGAUACAUUUUGUUUGUUUUAUUUAUUUUAACACUUUUUUUUUUUUACUUAAUAUAGCAUUUAUUUUAUAAAUAAGGUUUUAUU